AUGAAAGAACAGUUUUCGAAGUUGACGGUGAAUCAGGAGGGCAAAGAUGAAGUGGAACGUGGUGAUUCAAGCGUAGCGAGUUCCGGUAUGCAGAGCUCUGGCGGAUCUGCGGCGAAAGUUGGUGGGGGCGGGCCGUCUUCUUCGCAUUAUAACAAUAUCAAUGCAAAUCUGCAUGCCCGUGUGAAGGCUUUCCAGGAGCAGAGGGCUUUGAAGAGGUCAAGCAGUGUGGGGAGUAAUAAGGGGGACACAGAGGCGGCAGCUCGUGCCAAGGGAAACCAAAACAUGCAGCAGAUCGUUAAUAAGCCGCUGCCUCCGCUUCCCGCUUCGUCGGUAGCAGAGAGCGACGGCGAGGUCGAACAGCCUAGAGUGCAGGCUACGGCAGCACAUCGAAACGUAGCAGCGGUUCCGGACCUGCUGAAGCCUCAUUAUGAUAGAAAGAGCGGUGCUCUGCCCACGGCUCAGCAGGCUUCGAACGCUCCAGAGAACCUGGCACAGUUUAAUCCGAAUAGAAAGGCUCCCAGACGACCUCCUUCAGCCAGAAACGUGAUACCUAAUGUGAGCAGUAAGCCUGCUCAGGGGCUGAGUGCUCGUAGGGGAUUGCAACUGCCCAUGGGGGCGAUGUCGCUGAGACUGCCUGGUAAGGUAGAGAAACACUCGACAUCUCUUGCGACACAGGAGUUUGCGUCAGCACCGUCCAAUAGCAAUCAUUUGACAAGUUCGGGGGGCGGUGGUUCGGGCAACAGAUCGAACCCUGGUUCUCUGAUAAAUGGCGUACAAAGCACAUCGACCUCCUCGAGCAACGAAGAGCAACGGGACACGGAGGGUACGGCCCCCAGAAAUAGCAAUAGUAAUUCGGGCGGUCUCUUUGCUAACUUCUCCAAGUACGUGGAUAUAAAGUCGGGGUCUCUGAAUUUUGCCGGCAAGCUGUCAUUGUCAUCCGAGGGUAUAGAUUUCAGCAAUGGAUAUAGCUCCAGGAUAACGCUGGAGGAGUUAGAGUUCCAGGAAGAGCUUGGGCACGGCAACUAUGGGAACGUUUCCAAAGUUCUGUACAAGCCAACGAAUGUAAUAAUGGCAAUGAAGGAGGUCAGAUUGGAGCUGGAUGAGGCGAAAUUCAGGCAAAUUCUCAUGGAAUUGGAGGUCCUGCAUAAGUGCCAAUCACCUUACAUUGUUGAUUUUUACGGUGCAUUUUUCAUCGAAGGUGCCGUUUACAUGUGUAUGGAAUACAUGGAUGGAGGCUCUCUGGAUAGGAUUUACGAUACCUCUCCCGAAAUUGGCGGCAUAGACGAGCCGCAACUAGCAUAUAUCACCCACGCGGUGAUCGAAGGACUAAAAGAACUAAAGGACGUCCACAACAUUAUACAUAGAGACGUCAAGCCAACCAACAUUCUAUGCUCAGCAAAGCACGGUACAGUUAAACUAUGUGAUUUCGGCGUUUCGGGCAAUUUAGUCGCGUCACUGGCCAAGACUAACAUAGGGUGCCAGUCCUACAUGGCUCCCGAGCGAAUCCGGUCUCUGAAUCCCGAUAGAAUUACAUACACCGUUCAAUCCGACAUAUGGUCCCUCGGGUUGAGCAUUCUGGAAAUGGCACUAGGAAGAUAUCCGUACCCUCCAGAGACUUUCGAUAAUAUAUUUUCGCAACUCAGUGCCAUCGUGGAUGGCCCUCCUCCCAAAUUACCUCGCGACAAGUACAGCCCCGAGGCUCAAGACUUCGUCUCAAGCUGUUUGCAAAAGAUUCCAGAAAGAAGACCCACCUAUGCUGCACUAUUAGAACACCCCUGGCUGACAAAGUUUAAAGAUGUUGACGUACAAAUGAGCACUUACAUCACAAGCAGACUCGAGAAACGAAGAGAGCUUCUCGCUGAGAGAGGCGAAAAGGAGCUGCCAAAGCAUUUACCGGCACUGCAUAUGGGUGGCUUGUAA